AGAGCACUUACGGUGCUCCAGUUGUGUGGACACCGCUGACGUCGGAAGACCCGCUGAAAUUCAAAGUUAGCUAGCUAGAUGAGGACAGAGCGAGAAGGUUGUUUCUUGUUAUCUGUCAGUUAACGUUGACCAAUUUUCUACACUGUAGUUUCAUACAGACUUCUUUUCAGGAUGGAAGCUGGCGAGGAAAACGGUGGCAACGUCAACUUGAAAAGACAGAGAGCACCUCUGUCAGAUUCUGAAGACAAUGUCCUCCCACUGUCAGAGGUGAAUGAUGGCCAGAAGCGGCGGCGUUUGGAGGCCUCUGGUAAAGGAGAAUCGGAGUCCUAAACCAUGCUCCUUUGUACGCCUAGCUGAGGUAGAGACAAAGCCAGACACGCCGAUGGUUCCUUCAGUCCGGUCCCGAGUCCACCAACUCACCCUGAGACGAGAGGGGGGAGCUCCUCUGGUCCAGCGGUGCCUGUCGGACCCUGGAGCUGGCAUUCCAUCAGCCAUCCAUGAAAAGGACUUCAGAAAGCAUUGCCUUGGGGAGGGAGAGUUUAAUCAACGACUGGAGCGUUUCAAAGUGGCAGUCUAUCAGGCUGGCCCAGCCCCAUCACCGAGCUCUGCCGACCCCUCGCCACGGACCCGCUCCAACUUUGUGUGUGCCAUUCAGCAGAAACUCCACGGAACCCCAGCACCCAGCUCCAAGCAAGCUUCUCGCAUGCGCCAGGAACGGGAACAGGAGAUGAGCCAGUUGCAUAUCCAUCCAAUCAGUGAGAAUGCCUGGCUGAAAAGGAGCAACUCGGAUCCCUCGUUAUCUCAGAGAUGGACCCCUCCUGGCCCCUCAACUGACUCCUCCUGGGUUCCUAGAUCUAGAGGGAGAGUUCAUUGGCCUCCUAUGCAGCCCUGGGAUCAGAUAGAUGGUGAUGUUGAGAUGAAAGAUGGAAGCUUCAUUGAAGCUCCUACAUCAUGUGGAGAGAAGCAAUCUUCAGAUGGGAAAGGUGAAAGGGCCCCCAGUGACAGUGAAGCUUCUGUAGAGAUUAAAACCUCUGAGGGGCAGCAGCACAUGAAAUGUAAGGAGCAAAAUGCUUAUCGAGGUGAUGCCAUCAGAGGGGAUAAAGAGUACAACGCUUCAGUUGCAAAUGAAGAGGAGCAGCUAGGGACCCAACGACCACACACCCAGACUGUGUUGAAGUUGUCUUUUAGCGAGGAUCAGACUUUCUCCAAAGCACCUUUUGGAGAUGAGCAAAGCUUGCUAGAAUCAGAUCAUGAGUCAAACAUGAAGGAAACAGUUGUUGAACAGGAAAACUUUGAGGUGUUUUCAUUUGAAGAAAUUGACGGUUCUAUAUACAGUGAAGAGGGAAUUGAGCCCUCAACAGAUGAGGAGUCAAGGUCGUGGAGAUAUCCUCAAGACAAGGUGUGCCAGGAGGAAAAUGUGUCUGUUAAAGAGGAGAAAAGGGAGUGUGAAUUAUCAAAAGGAGGGGAAAAGGAGACUAGAGUCAGUGUUUCAGAUCAUAGUGAACCGUUGGACAUCCAGGAUGGUGAAUGUGAAUUGGACAGUGCCUCUGCUGAGAUUCCUGGCUCCUCUGAAAUGCAAGAAGAUAAGAAACCCAGACCUGACGAGGAUGAGUCAGAAAGCUCUUUAGAUGCCUCUGUGAAACACCAAUCUAAUUUGAACACAAAGUCCUGUGAAGGAUUUUCUGCAAUGAAACUAAACCAGAAAGACACAAGAGAAAAUACGAGUAAGGAUAUAAGGCAACAGUCAACAGAGGGAGGAGAAAGGUCAAAGAAAGUCACUUUUGUCCUGGAGCCUGAGUUAAUCAAUGACUCAACCCUGUCUGAAGCCAGUACCUCCAUGGAGUCCAGGGCAGAGAUAAGUAUGUCAGAUGCUGAGCUGAGCUCUCAUGAUGAGACCAACACCGCUGAAAUGAUCGACCAGAUGUUCGAGGAGGUGCUGGACUAUGCUGGAAGGAUGGAGGAGAAGAGGGUUAAUGAAGACACUGAGGACCACGACAGUGGCAUUGGCGUUUUCUCUGGAGACAAAGAUAAGAUGGACACUGAGUCCGAGAAGGAGAAAAGUGAAGAAGACAGGAAGUCUAAAGCGGCAGAGUGUGAUGAGAGCAAGAAGCUUGAAAGCAACAGUGAUGAGCUGCUGACUUUUCCUAGCAGCGGCAUCCUCUCUCCUCUCAGCAGGUCUGUAGAGGCUGUGGUCACCCCUCUGCGAUUGGCAGCGAGCCAGGAGUCCAAUCCUCCCUCUCUGGUCUUGCCUCCAGAAGAGACUACCACCCCUCUUGCUGAAUCUGCUCCUCUAUACAGUAUCGAUGCCUACCGUACACAAAGACAAAAAAAGCUGCCCACCAUUCAGAGUGUCACUCCUGGGGUUCAGAGACAAGCUCCAGAGAAGUCCCAACCUCAACCCUUUGUUAACACCAAGAAGAAAAUCACGGCUCUGAAUGAAGAAGCAGGGAAGCUGCAGUCUGUGAUCAGCCAAACCCUGCAGGCUCUGAGCUGCUGUACUGAUGAGGAGCAUGGACGUGGCUCACUGGAGGAGGCUGAAGCUGAGAAACUGCUGUUGGUCUCCAGUGAGAAACGCUCUGCCCUUCUGGCCGAGGUGGCCAGACUGAGGGAGGAGAGGAACUCAGAAGAUGCAGCAGAAGAGGACAGGGAGGCUGUUUCCCAGCAGGCCUGCAGAGGGACUGUCGCCAUCACAAACAUUCAGCUGCCUCUUAAGGUGGAAUUUGUGUGCUCCUCACACAGCCGCACAGGUCGGCCGAGUCACUACUUUUUCGUCCUGAUCCGCUACGGGCCCUGCAACAUUGUGGCCACCCCACUGGCCACGGCUGCUGAUGCUCAGAAUGGAGACACCAUCUCCUUCCCUACUUCUGUCACUCUGAAGGAUAUCCGCUCACACUUUGAGAUUGAUGUGGAAGUCUACAGUCUGUCCCACACUUCAGCUACUAACUGCAGCGUAGACCGGACCACCACCAAGUCACGGGUCACGCCAAGAAAGCUUCUGAACACUAUCUCAAGAGCCAGUAACAGUCUAACAUCUGGUGCUCUUCCUGCUCUCAACACUCGUCGCUCCAGCAACUUUUGUCUGGUGGGCUCUCAUAAGAUCUCCUUAGCCUCACUGGGACACAGCAAGUUCCCUCUGGAUAAGAUGAAACUUGAAGGCAAAAUCAGGAGACUGCUGGGGGAUGAAUUUCAGGAAAAGGUGCCGUUUCUCUCACCUCUAGAGGGCAACAUCUACCUGCGACUGGACAGCGAAGGCCACUCUAAUGUACAGCACCAAGGCUUCCUGACGAUGUUUGAGAUGAUCAGUGGAUACGGUGUGUGGCAUCGCAGAUAUUUUGUUCUGGUUGGAUGCCAAAUGUACUACUGGAACCACCCCAAUGACAAAGAAACUAAGGAAGCAGAGGGGAGCAUUUCUCUGUCCAGCUCCCCCUUUCAGUGUGUGAGGCCUGUGAAGAGGGACUCAUGUGCUCGACCUUUCACCUUUGAGCUGGUGAGCAACAUUGAACAGCAGCAGGACUCGAGCCAGGACGCCUUGGCCAGGUUUUCAGCUGACACCAAACUGGAGGGAUUGGACUGGAUGGAAAAACUCAGUCAAGCUCUUUUGGACUUUCACACAUGGAACCGAACAUCAGCAACCAAAACAGAGAGUCAGCAGUCAAACACGUCCAUCAGUGCGAGCCUGAGGGAGAGCAUACUGUAACUACAUCACUAAGCCAACAUAUCUACUCAGAUUUGAUCUCAGAUAGUCUGUUGCUUAGGAUCCAUGCAGUCACUGUAUGAGCAGCUUUCAUGUUGCAGGUAGAUGACCUGACAUCAGGGUUUAGGUUCUUAGUUUCAGUUGCUGCAGGAGAUCAGCGUCUUCUUUAUCGGCUCGGAUUUACAGUCAAUUAGGCGAAAAAAAGUUAUACUUCUCACAUAGAAUAUUCUUUUUGGGAGACAUCUUUUUGAUUUUCAUAAUAUUGUUUACUUCUUUUAAACAGAAUCCAAUCAUUACUGUUGGUUUUCAUUUUUUUUCUUUUAUUUUUUGAUUUUGUGGAAAAAGGUUUUAAUUUACGUUUUUCUGUGGCAAUCGGCUGCUUUAGCCUUUUGUUGGCAAUAUUUGGUCACUUUCCUUAGCUAAGGUGAACCUUGUAGUUUAUAUGUUUUUGAGAUUGUUUACUCAAGUAUUUAGAAUUAAACUGGAAGGAUAAACAUUUAAAUAGAUUAUAUAGACACUAAUAAAUGUUGAAGACUCUACUCAGCUAAUCUACAAUAAGAAUGUAUUUGAAAUGGAAGGAAACCCUACAAAUGAUUAAACUAUAGAAGGAAUGCUAGCUAGUGUUGGAAUGGUAGCCUUUCAUACUCGUACAGACACGCUAUCUGAUUCUGUCGGGUUAAAUAGAUUUUUGAUCAUCUGGCCCGACAAUCUAUUUCUGGUGGAAGCAGGAUUUGUGUUCCACUGAACCAAAAGAUAUUUGAAUGUUAUGUCCAAAUAUCUGGAGUUUUACUUCCUACCCAGUGGCUUGCAGCGUUAACUUAUAUUCCUAACUACAUAAUUUGGGGUACUGCACAUAAAAAACAUUAACAUAUAUGUAAAAAAACAACUAUAAUACGUGUAAUUCAGUGGAUGAGAGAACUGGUGAGGGAAGAGAGGGGACUGUAGUGAUGCUGCUACAGUGAAUGUAGUCUGUUCUGUCUGAUGUCCUGUUCUUUUCCAUGUAUUUCCACCUAUUAGUCUGUAAUUUUGUUAUAAAUGUUAUUCAUGUGAACUCUCAUUCUAUGCACUUAAUCAAAGGUACCAAUUAAAUAAAUUGAUUUGAAAUGGCUACAAUAA